AUGUCUUCGUCCCGGUAUCAGGAGCUCUGGGUGUCGCAAGAACCCGUACAACCCGCGACUCGAGAGACCGAUACUGUGCGAUCGGCAUGGCAAUUGCCGGCGGCUAUGGCAUCGACGCUGUCGCUUUUGGGCUACAUGAUGAUUCCACUCGCGCUUGAAAAGCCCGAAAAUAACCCGCAGAUCAACAAGACCGUCCUGACCAUCGCCGCCAUGGUCUUGAUCGGCGUUGCUUAUGCGCUGUCCUUUGUGAUCGUUUGCGCUCAGAUCGACCAACGAGCCUAUCUCCUUCACUCUGUCUUUCUGUAUGUUUGGCCCAGAGAGGCCCCCUGCCUCACAUCGAGCCUGUUCGGCCUCUUCAACCUCGUCUUUAGCAUCCUCUGUCGCAACAUCCUCCCCAUGAACAAUCUAUCAACCAUCGUGGUCAGUCUCUGCUGCGCUUUUGUGUUUCUCUACGCGCUAGGCGCAUUGUGGAUCUAUGGACGGACGUUCGCGGACAGGACGCGCAUCCAGUACGGCUCUGCGAGCCCGACCCUACUUACCGAGGAGGAGAUGCAGCGCCAGCAGCUGCUCCGAUUACUGCAGCAGAAUGGGAAGAAGAAGAGGUCCAGUGCGAAGGCGGUUCAGAAGACGUUCAAGGUUGAUGUGCCGGAGGUUGUAAGUCCGGGGAAAGGGUGGGAUCGGUAUAUGCCGCCGAGGGAGGAGUAUUUCAUUUGA